AUUUUUACGAAGGCGUGAUUGAGUCAACUCUUCUCUCUUCACCGUAACUCCGUCCGACCGUAAAUUAUUCUCUUUCCUCGGCGGCUUUUACAUUUUCCGAGGAGCACUCAACAAGACCAUGUUCAAGUUCUUGCAUAGAGGCAGAGGGAAGACCUCAGAAGGUCGAAUUAAGGAUAAACUUGGGCAGGAUUUGUUUCUUUUCAAUAAGACGAUCGAGCAUGGCUUUCCACACAAACCAAGUGCACUAGCCCAAGAUCCAAAGCUAAACCUCCUUGCAAUCGGAACAGAAGAUGGCACGCUUAGGAUAUUUGGUCGUCCUGGCGUACAGCUAACCGCCUGUCACGACAACCAAACCCGCAUCCAAGAGCUGCACUUUCUCCCCGAACAGGGGCGUGUCAUCAGUGUGUGUGACGAUGGGGAGCAGAACAGCAUUCAUCUCUGGGAGGUUAAUAAGAAGGACGGCAAAUCUGUCCUGGAAGAAGUGAAAACAUGCACACUGGAAGGAAGAUUAAAGAAGAUCUCAGUCUGUUGUUUGUCAAUGAAGACCAAUCGCCUGUUGCUUGGCACAGAGGGUGGCAACAUCUACCUACUGGACAUCAACUCGUUUGAGCUGCAAGAGUAUGUCAUCUAUCAAGAUGUUGUCAUGCAGAGUGUUCAGGAAGACAGCAAAACAAAUGCUGGUUCAGUAGAAGCCAUCCAGGAACACCCCAACGAUUCAAACAAGAUCCUUAUUGGCUAUAAGAAGGGCCUUACUGUCCUCUGGAACCACGAAUCAUGCUCCGUCCAGCAGACAUUCCCCAACUCCAUUGACCUGGAAAGCCUUAGCUGGCACCAUGGUGGUGACAAAUUCAUCAGCGCUCAUGCAGAUGGUAGCCUAACAGAGUAUACCAUUGUCAGCGACAGCGAGACGACUGGCGAGACUUCCACACCAUUUGGCCCUUUCCCCUGCAAAGCUAUUACCAAGAUUGAGUGGCAUGAUAACAGUGUUUUCUUUGCUGGGGGCAUGCCUAGGGCGAGUUAUGGAGACAAGAACUGCAUAUCACUCGUGCAAGGAUCCACAACCCAAGUCGUGUUUGACUUCACGUCGCGAGUAAUUGAUUUCAUCACUGUCAGUCAUCCUGAUAGCAAUGAACCUGCUUGUCUUGCUGUCCUGUGCGAGCAAGAACUUGUUGUCAUUGAUUUGAAAACCAAGGAACAAGGAUACCCCACCUUUAUGAAGCCGUACCUGACAUGCCUGCACUCAUCACCCAUCACCACUUCUUACCACUGUCACGGCUGCCCGAGUCAGCUGUGGAACCAGAUCUGUGCUGCUGGCAAGGAUCAAAUCCAGUCUGAAUACUCUCAUGAGUCAUGGCCAAUCACUGGAGGAAAAACGCUUGUUGAAGAUGCAGAGACCAAAGACAUACUUAUUACUGGCCAUGAAGAUGGCUCUGUCCAGUUCUGGGACGUAUCCCAAGUAGAGAUGCAGUUGAUGUACACCCUCUCAACAAGCAAGAUGUUCAUCAGCGACCACGAAGGUCAUGAUAAUGGCACACAGGAAGUUGAGGAGGAGGGCUGGCCUCCAUUUAAGAAGGUCGGCAACUUUGACCCCUUCUCUGACGACCCCCGUUUUGCUGUCCAGAAGAUACUGCUGUCUACUGAGAACAACAUGCUGACAAUCGCGGGCAAUGGGGGACAGAUCUUGGUGUACGAGAUCAAUGAUCAGGAGAAAGAUAUUGAGCUGCAGGUGACAGAGAUAGACCUGGUCGAGGACAAGGAAAAACUACAGUGGAAGGGACAUGGCCCUCUGGCAGUGAAGGAAGGUGCGGUGUGUACCCCUCGUGGCUUCCAGCCUGUACAGGGUGUACAGUUCAUCCCAGCUGCAGCCAUCAGCUCUCUGGCAGUGUGUCCCAAAUGGGGCGCUCUUGCCGCAGGGACAUGCCAUGGGUUCGCAUUGCUAGAUACCAAUACCAAGAAAGUAGUGACAACCAAGUGCACAGUUAGCAGUGAAGAGCUUUCGGCUACUGGUGAACCAAUCUCAAGGAAGAAAUCCCUGAAAAAGUCCAUCAGAGACUCUUUCAGGCGUCUACGCCGCAGCCGCAAGGGAACCCGUAAAGGUGACACACCCAGGAAGGAGGGGGAGGCCGGAGCUGCUACCCCACCCCAAUCGCCUGCGGCAGCCCCUCAGUCCCCGCCUGUGCAGAGGCUGGUCCAUGAAAGCCGAGUCGACGAAACUGUUCUCAGCAUGGUACGGUGUAUCUACUUUGUGGAAACUUUUGUCAAGGAUGGUGUCCACCACUCCCCUUCCAUGUGGGUCGGCACAAACGCUGGUCAUAUCUACGUCUACUAUAUAACCCUGCCCGAUGAGGAGAACAAGGAUCACGGUUUGGAAGCAGAGGUCGGCAAAGAGAUCAAGCUCAAACACAAGGCGCCUAUAGUAGCCAUCUUUGUGGUUGACAAGGAUGGCUCACCUAUUCUGGCCGACUCUGAGAAUGACAAAGGUGUGGAUAUGAGUGGACAGCACUCUUUGGUUAUCUGCUCUGAGGAACAAUUUAAAGUCUUCAGCCUACCUCACCUGAAAGCCAGACAGAAGGAAAAGCUCACUGCUAUUGAUGGCUCUCGCAUCAGGAAGAUUGGCAUCAUCAAUGCCCACAGCAAGUCUGACGCCAGCAGCAUGGUGUACCACUGCCUCGCCUGCCUCAGCAAUCAGGGUGACCUCGCUGUCUACACAGUGCCUGGUCUUAAGCUGCAGCUGAAGGUGUCCUGUAUGAAGAAGGAAGACAUGAUCGCUAUCCAGUCACUUGUGUUCACAUCUUCUGGGCAGGGCUUCUAUCUGCGUUCGCCCUCUGAGAUGCAGCGGUUCUCUCUGACUGCUUCAGAAUUGCUGAAACCAGAGUGUGUGCUUGAGCUUGCUGAUGGCAUGCGCCCUCCUGAAGAGAUCUCCAUUGAGGUGACUGAGACAGAGACGAGGGAAAGGAAAGACUCUUCCAGCUCAUCCUCCUCUUCCUCCUCAUCGUCAUCGGAUGAGGAGAAAGAUGAGGAAAAGAAGAAGGAGAAGAAGGCAGCCAAGAAAGCCGCCAAGAAGAAAAGAAAGGCUGAGGCUGCUGCAGCAGCAGCGGUAGAGGUGGGAGUGGAAGUGAAGGAAGGAGAGAAUGAGGAAGAGGAAGAGGAAGUUAAGAAGGAUAUAGCUGAGGAGGAGGAAGCAGCCCCUGCAGAACCUGAGGAGGAGUCAGAAGACACCACAUUAGCCAUCCAUGCAGAAGGGGGCAGUGUAACAACUGAGCAAACAGUUCAGCAGUCGAUGAAGGAGGAAUUCCAUAACCAGACAGAGAAUAGUGAAGAGAAAGGCAUCAAGCAACAGAACGUGGAAACUCAUGAGUCACACACUGUGGAGCACUCUGAGAAUGGUUCCUCCAUGAUCACCACCAAGAGAAUAGUCACAAGUACACGUGUUGUUAAGCAAACUUCAUCCAUGACUCACCGCAUCAUCUCGUCUGAUGGAACAGUCAUCGAAUCCAUCACAAAUGGAGAAGCUGAGGAAAAGGUUAAUGAUGCUGAUCAAGGAGCAGCAGAAGAUGAGGUUGAGGAGUUGCAGGACAAUGAUGAAGUGAUCUGCAAACGGCAUUCUAAAGGAAAGGGGUUUAAAAGUCCAGGAAAACUCAAUACCAGGAAAUCUGCCGACGUCCAAUCUGGCACAGAAGAAGAGUCUUGAACUAUGGAUUGCCACAGAGUGAAGAAUUUAGGCCAGGAAUUACCUGGAAAAGGGAAAGGGUGGGUGCUCUUGUUAAUAGCUUAAAACCAAUGUAUUUGGUUGUAAGAAAUUCAUACUUCUCCUCAUUUACCUUAGCUAAACUGCCCCAGAGAUAAUAUUGAAUGCAGCUUAGCAUUGUUGGAAGAUGGGUCCAUUUGUUGUAGAUAUACCCAUUACUGUAGUUUAAAACUUUUAGUUCUCUUAAGGGGUGGUUGCCUUUGAGUGGAAGAUUGCUUAUCAGCCAUAUUGUUCAGUCUUAGUUUUAUCUUUUUGCAUUGGUUUUCAUGGUAGCUCAGGAGCUCAUUUCAGUUCCAGUUGUUUUAGUUUGUUAUCAUUUGAGGAUGCCAGUGUUUAACCAGCAUCAUAACAUCAGCACAUAACUUAUUAAUAGUCAUGUAGAUCAUGCAGUUAGUCGUAAUCUUGGUUAUUAGCCUGUGCUCCUCAAUUUUUAAUUAUUUUUAUUCUUAUUAUUCUUCCUUGUCAUCAUUACCUUUUAUUCUCUUAACUGUAGUAUAGUAUAAGUAGUCGAGGUUGGAAGUUUUUAACAGAUUUAAGGACUAUUGUAAUUUUAAGACAUCUUAGAACACAUUCUUUUGAAGUGAAAAUAUCAAUAAAAGGUAGACAUUUAAA